GUUGAACCAUCGAGGUCAGUGACCUCUGCUAUAACCGUCUCAAUGUUUAUCCCCUCUGUAGCAUUUAGUGUCUCACUUCUCCCUUUCACCCUUUGUCACUCAGGCCGCUGUCAUGAUCAGGGUGCACCUGCCGCAACACUACGUUGCACACCCCUCUCAUGGGAGUGAACUGUAAUUGAAUAUGCUGGUGCCUAUGUGAACAAUUUCCCUUUGGCCCUUUUACUCUUGCAGUGAAACCCCAGCUAUCAUUUCACAGACUUAUUUUUUGCCUAAGACGUGAUGACGUCACACACAAACUCGCACUGAGUGUUUCCACAGUUAAUGUUGACGUUUCCAUUGUCUGGUUCGUCUUGCUUGGACAACUAGCACUUUGUCUCUUGUUUUUAAAGGGAGGGCUUUUGAACUUCAUCCCUUUCUCUCUUUGUGGAGUUGUUUUCCCUAACAUUCCUGUCAGGUCGUCGUUGUAGCCCCCGUGCAUUGUUUGUCCCACCCAAAACAACGAUUUCCGUCCACCAGUCUGUGAGGGAGCAUGCCAAAAGGAGAGGACUGUGAUCAGCAAAGGGCUCCUCCGUGCCGAAAGCUUCACAUCCUAACCGCUUGGCUCAGUAGCACUCGCUCUUUACUAGGCAGAUAGGUGGCUGGACUUGGGGCGAGGCUGUGCCAUCCAGCAGAGAGCUCACUGUCAGUCUGGUGCAAGUCUAGAGAGCCUGUGGGAUGGGAUGCCCGAGCCAGGAAGGGCCCAAGUGGUCACCAGCCUGAUAAGAGAUCUGAGCCUCGGUGGCACCGGUGCGGCCGUCGCCCACACCACAUCUGCCGCUGCACACUACACCACCACCACCACCGCCACCAGCCAAGCUCCCACGGCACCACCGAGCAAGCGCCAGUGCCGCUCCCUGUCGCUCUCCGAUGAAUUCACGGGUUUCCGCUCACCCUGGAGGCCGCAAAGCUCCCGCAUAUGGACGACCGUGGAGAAGAGAAGGUGCCACAGUGGGGGAAGUGUCAGAGGAGCGGGGGGGUUCCCCGGCGGCCAUUUCCCUGCCAUACAGCGUAGCUCCAGCUUCAGCUUGCCCUCGCGCUGCAGCCUCCCCUCAGACGGAGCUCUGGACCUGCCGUUCUUCAGCCAGCGACUGCCUCUCCACCCUCAGUUCACUGCCUCCCCUGUGUCCCCCACCUCCCCUCCUUCCCACCAGCACCACUAUGACCACUUCCUCAGGCCUCUCUCCCUCUCCCAUGAGCAGAUCAGCUUACCCGAGUUCCAGCGGGAAGAACUGUUGGAGGCCAGCUCCCCAGAAUCCACCCCAGAAUUGGGGAGGCGAGCCGACCAAAGAUCUGGGGGCCCACGAUGUCUGUCCCGAAGCAGGUCCCAGCCCUGCGUGCUAAAUGACAAAAAGAUUGGUAUGAAGCGCAGGAGGCCGGAGGACGGCCAGGAACAGCGGCCUUCGCUGGAUCUGGCGAAGAUGACUCAGAAACUUCAGACUUUUCAGAGCUUGAGCUGCCCUGGGUUCUCAGCCUCCGACGGCUGCCAAUCGAGCACGCCCCUGUCCUCGUUCGAUAAUCAGCCCGAUUCAGACUUCGCUGCUGUGUCUGAGCUGGGACUGGAGUCGCGGCAGGAGAAGUCGGGGGAUGAGGAGGAGCAGGAUUCGUCUUAUGAAGAGCUUGAUAGCGACUCCGCCUGUAGCUUGGACUCGCGGCCCGGAUCUCCUGUUGGACUCGCGGCUGGUAAACGCACCCUCUGGAAGGGUGACGGUGAGGGACGGAGGGACAUUUUCCAGCUUGGAGGUGAGCUGGACCUUGAUCAGAUUGAAAGAAACUGAACAUUUUGGAAGAGGCCGGACUUUUGUAUAAGGGCGUUCGACGUCGAUGAUGUUCCCAAAGAUGGAUAGUGGGAAGAGCUCUGAGGAAAAUGGGUGAAUUUAUUUUAGAUCGUAAAGAGAAGAUGUAGGAAGAACAAGGAAGGUGAUUAAAGAUGAAAAAGGGUUAAGCAUGUUGUUACUGGCUGACUUAAUGACACAUUUGCCUUGAACAUUCUCACUGUUUGAAAUGAAAAGCAGUAAUCUUUGAUGCAUUUACUUUUAGAGAGGGUAUCCAACUUAACUCAGGAGUGCGAAAGCGAGGGUUAGUCUUAGGGAAAGUUCCCAGCCCCCACUGUCUUUUCCACCUGAUGACCUUUCCAAAGUCAGCUAAUCUUAGGUUUGUAAUACUGUAGCAGUAACUGUGUUCUCCUGUAUUUAGCUUGAGUUGCGUUGUUUUUCAGACAAAGUGGGGGCGUGUAGGCUGAGAUUCAGCAGGAAGGGCUAACCAGGAAAUAAUACUCCAAGACUAUAGCCUUGACCUGCCUCUUCAUCUCGUGUGCGCACACAAAUCUACUUUGUGCUGAAUGUUGGCUCAGCGAACUCUGAGGAGCCCGAACGGCAGUGCCUUCCUUCGAAUGCGUCCUUACGGUUCUGUUCAAGAAACAAUCGAAGCCAACCGUUUUGACUGUUUUUGUAGUUUCCUAAUAUGCACAUUUUAUAUUUGGAUAAACACUGAAUCACAAGUUUUCAGUUCUAAUAUCAAUGUAUAUUUUUCUAAGUAACUUUGAAGGAGCAAGAAUAUUUUCUUCUAACAGAAUGGAUGUCAAUAAAUUUACAACCUGC